UCCCUCAUUGGUUUGUGACAUUUUGGAUACGGAUUUCAAAGGUGCAGCGAACUGGCGCUUUUUCCAUAUUUUCCUCAUUCAAGCAUCAAGAAAGUUUCCGAACCCAGUUUAGCUGCUAAUGUCGGUGGCAGACCAGAAAUAGGUGAAGUUAUCUUAAAGGGAUACAGUUUGUGAAGUCAAUGAAAAAUGAAGUGUCAGUCCAACAACAAUGAACUCCGGUUUGCAUGCGACAUGGAGAAACAUGUCACAUACAAGGAGUCAGGCCUCUCAACCUCACCACUCAUGGGAUGCAUCCAAUUAGUAGUCAAACAACUAUCUCCAGGUCUCACCUCUGCCAACAUUUGCCUCAACGAUGAUGUGCAAGGUGUUCACAAUAAGGAGAACAACCAAUAUGACCGCAUCCUUGACGAGGUGAACCUCGGCUGUGAAGCAUUCGAGGACAGCGGUUACCUGUCUUUACAGAACAGCCAGAUGGAGGACUUUUAUAAUGUUAAUGAACAAGGGGAGUCUCUAGGACUGGAGAUAUUCUCCCCAUGUACUCCAGUUGCUGAUUGUCACAAGGCUAAGCACUCUGGCUCUCAACUCCCCAUACUGAAGUUUCAACAUGCCAUCUGCCAAGAACUCACCAAUAGCUUCAAGAGGACCCAGAGCUAUGACUGGACUGUCAUUAGCUGGCUAGCAGAGGACUCUGGCCUUGAAAGGGUUAUUGGUGGGAACAUGGGCCUUGAGUGUAUGGAUGUUUUAAAAGCUCUGCAGGAGAGGGACAUGAAGCACAUCCUAACCAGGAUCCUGUGUCUUCUUGAUGUUGACUUGAUAAGCUGUAGAAAAGUGAGCAAGAGCUGGAGAAAAAUAAUCUGCCAAGACAAGUCUGCACUCCGUAAAUGUGACCAAGCUGAACAGAGACUACAGGACUCAAGAAUCCCCGUAGGACUGGAGAAUGUGGAUUUUUUGACGAGAGACACCACCCUUUCCAGGGUUGUAAUGUCCUGUAUGCAGAGAGUAGCUUCAAUCCCUAUCCAGAAGUCUACCAAGAGGAUGCUCUCCCAGAGAGCAUGCACGCAGGCGCCAUACUGCUCCCACCAAUCUCGCUUCAGAGAAUACCAAGAGGCUGCCAGUUCGCUGAAGCAGCACGAGUCGCUGAAGCCCUGUAAGCGCUGCGGCUCUCCAGCCAAGCACAAUGCAGACGCAAUGAGGGCCACCUGUACCCGCUUUAGUUGUGCCUUUGACUUCUGCACCCAGUGCCAGGGCCCCUUCCACGGCUCCUCCACCUGCUGCACCCGGCUGACAUGGCGGCCUAGCAGCUCCACAGCCACGCCCAUCCUCAUUGGCAGCGCUCGCAGCAAGAGGAACGUCAGGCGCCUGUGAGAUGAACGCAGCCUGGGAUAAGACUCAAUCGCUCACCUUUUAAAACUAACAUAAUUUUUAUGGAAUAUUUGUUUUAUUCAUAGCCCUUUUAGCCCUCUACCGCCUCCGCCGAAGACCAAAGGUAUCUUGGCUAUUGGAAUACUCUGCAUUAAGAGUAGACUGUAUUGAGGCAAUCAAGUGAUUCCAGUUGUCUGACAAUGUCGUCAGAAAGCGACAAUCGUACUGCAAGCCCAAAAAAAGAACAUCCCACUGGAUGCAAAUACAUUUUUCCAAGACUUGUAUUUUUCUUAAUGAAAUGUCCUUGUCCUUGUCGUAUAUUUGUACAUAUUUUAAAUGUGAGAAAUGUAAAUAUUUAUAUUGUUUAAAUAAAUGUCUCUUGGGAUUUAAGAACGGAUCUUUUAUU